AUGAGGCUCAGAAAUAUGCUUUUGGUCUUUGAGGAUCUAAUAGAAAGGGGGUUUCCUCUUCACCCGGAUGCUCCAAAUCGUCCAGAAGACUUCUUGGAUUCUGAAGAUGAAGAUGAUCCAUAUGUUGACUCUUAUUAUGAUAAAUCAGUUUCACCUGGGGAGAAGAAAUAUGUAUUAGAUUGUGAAAUGAUUGAAACUACAUUUGGAGAUGAGGUUGCCCGAGUUACACUUAUUGAUUGGAAUGAAAAUGUCUGCAUUGAUAAACUUAUAAGACCUAGAGGAAGAAUAAUAGAUACAAGGUACCACAUAACAGGAAUAGAAGAGUCAGACUUACUUGAAUCAGAUUACACAUUACAAAGAAUUCAAAAAUUAAUCCUAGAUAUAUUUUUAGAUGCAAAUCACAUUCUUAUAGGUCAUGCACUUCAUAAUGAUUUAAAAGUAUUAAAACUCAGACAUCCAAGAAUCAUUGAUACACAAGACCUUUAUCAGCAUAUAUAUCAACUGAGUUAUGUCCCAUCUUUGAGAUCAUUAGCUUGGAAAUUCCUUCAUGAAUCAAUACAAAAUAAUGGUCAUGAUUCAGUUGAAGAUGCACUUGCAACUCUACACUUGGUUAAAAGAUUCGAAAGAAAUAUUAAAUUGAGAUACUAG